UAGCAAAACGUGUGUUACCCAAGUCAAAGCGUCUGAAGAGAUUCACCAAUGAAUAAAGUGCGAGUGUAAAGUCGGUAUUGAACAUAAUAUUGCGCGAUGGUUCACGUGGGUGGAAUUGGCCCAUCUCUGGGUGGUGCUCUGCCCAAAAGUCCCAGCUUUCAUCAGGGUCUUGCUUUGGCGACGGUCUUAUCCCAGGACUCAAGCAAGGGUUACCCGGUGACGUUCGCGCUGCACUAUCAACCUUUGCAACCUCUUCUAAUCGAAACACAACAGGUAAACGAGCGGGAAGAACUUUUUAUACAGAAGCUACGGCAAUGCUGCGUCCUUUUCGACUUCGAGUCCGAUCCGUUGUCGGAUUUGAAAUGGAAGGAGGUAAAGCGUACUGCUCUCCACGAGAUGGUCGAGUACGUAACCAAAAACAAAAACGUUAUUACCGAAGCGAUAUAUCCCGAAGCGGUGAACAUGUUCGCUGUGAAUUUAUUCCGGACGCUACCCCCGUCAUCAAAUCCUAAUGGCGCAGAGUUUGAUCCAGAAGAGGAUGAGCCGACGUUGGAGGCGGCUUGGCCGCAUUUGCAGCUCGUCUACGAAUUCUUCUUGCGGUUGUUGGAGUCACAGGACUUCCAGCCGUCCAUAGCAAGACGUUAUAUAGAUCAAAAAUUCGUGCUGCAGCUUUUGGAGUUAUUUGACUCUGAGGACCCAAGAGAGAGGGAUUUUCUUAAGACGACCCUCCAUAGGAUUUACGGAAAAUUCCUAGGACUGAGGGCGUACAUUAGGAAACAGAUAAAUAACGUUUUCUAUCGAUUUAUUUAUGAGACGGAACAUCAUAAUGGUAUCGCUGAACUACUUGAAAUUUUAGGAAGUAUUAUAAAUGGCUUUGCUCUGCCACUAAAGGAAGAGCAUAAGGUGUUUUUGUUAAAAGUCUUAUUACCCUUGCAUAAAGCUAAGUCAUUAUCCGUAUACCAUCCACAACUAGCGUAUUGCGUUGUUCAAUUUCUGGAGAAGGAUCCGUCGCUGACGGAACCCGUAAUUAGAAAUCUGCUAAAAUUCUGGCCAAAAACACAUUCCCCUAAAGAAGUUAUGUUUUUGAAUGAACUUGAAGAGAUCUUGGACGUCAUUGAGCCAGCUGAAUUUCAGAAAGUCAUGGAUCCGUUGUUCAGGCAAUUAGCCAAAUGCGUGUCAUCGCCGCAUUUCCAGGUGGCAGAAAGAGCUCUCUACUAUUGGAAUAAUGAAUACAUAAUGUCUUUGAUAUCGGACAAUUAUUCCGUCAUCUUACCGAUAAUGUAUCCAGCUUUUUAUAGAAACUCCCGCAACCAUUGGAACAAGACAAUCCACGGUUUAAUUUACAACGCCCUAAAACUUUUUAUGGAAAUGAAUCAAAAAGUAUUCGACGAAUGUACAACACAGUACUAUCAGGAACGUCAAAGAGAACGAAAGCUCAUGAAAGAUCGAGAUGAAGCAUGGAUGCGCGUUGAAGCGCUCGCGAUGAGGCAUCCAAACUAUAAUGUGGCAAAUAAAGGCACAACGAAUAACACCUCCUAUAUAUCACCUCAACAUAUAGAUAAUUCACCGCCUGAUGAAGACGGUGACACGGAUCAAACUCCGCUUACCUUGGAGAAAAUUGAAGCUAAAGCUAAUGAGGCGAAGAAAAUGACAAACGUGAACAAAGUGAAACCGCUUUUACGAAGAAAGAGCGAUUUACCGCAAGAUUCGUACACAAUGCGAGCAUUAUCCGACCACAAACGCGCCGAUGAAUACCUUGUUACGCCGCCAGAUCCUAAUAAUUGCUAGUCUCUACCACAACCACUUCCCAUGUAUCCUCUGUUUUGCUGUAGCAACAUCGGAAGUUAGUUUUCUUUCUAGAAGGAAAACGGCGAUAAGAACGCAAAUGAUUUUUGGCUGAGAGUCUCACUAUGCGAAAUCAGUUAUGUAUUGUCAUUUCAAUAUAUAUCACAUCAUAUUUGCUUUUUUUAAUAGAAAAAAAAAAAAGAAUCCUACUAUCCCGCCGCGCAUAUAUGCGAUUCAAAGACACAGUGUAUAGGUACUCAUAGAAGCUUACAGAAAAAACUCAUUCUUUAUAGAAAUGCGUUGUAUUUAUUUCUUCAUUAUGGGAAAAAAAACAUUGCGAUUAAGAAGAAGUGUAAUAGUAUCAUUAUAAAAGACGCGCAUAUAGUAAACAAAACAGGCUCUAAAUACAUUAGAAUCGCCAUCAUCGGAAGCAUUCUGAGGUGCUACCCUCUGCUAUGUCUCAACAAUAAGAUAAUAUACGAAUAAUGUACGUAAAUGAGAUUUAAUUGUGGAUAUUACGGUUGUAAUGGAUUUGGUUCUAUUCUAUUCUACAAGAGAUUUUAUACACAGAUGAGAGAUAUGUAUGAGGAAAUGUGAUCGAAGAUAUACACGUAUGUGCUCUCGAUGUUGUAACCUAUAUUACUGCGCUAUGCGAGCUUGUUGUGUUAACAUUCUUACGAAUGAGGCGUUUCCAUUUAUGUGCAAAUGAUAUAUACAUAUAUAAAUAUACGUACUUGCUUUAACACUACAGGCUCGUUGUAGUAAGAGAAUAAACAAAUAAAUGAAGACAAAAAAGAAAAAUACAUGCCGGCGCGCGUUAUCUUAGGAUGUAUAUGAUAGUGCUAUUUUAAAAAUAAUAGAUUGCUACGAGAAAAUCUGGAUACUUCUGAGUGUACUACUUUUAUAUCUGUUGUGCCUAGAUGCCUGUGGAAAAAAAGAAUAUGCCUCCAUGCGGGGCCUAUACAUAUAUUAUGAACAGCAAGAUUAAGCAGCGAGUUUACAUGUCGCUUUGCCAAAUAUAAUCGAUAUUACAGAAUUUCAGUAA